AUGGAGACCAGCCAGAUGCCCAGAAGCCUCCGGGUGCCGCUGCUGCUGAUGCUGCUGCUGCUGCUUGUGCCCUGGGGCAUCAGCUCAGCCUCCGGAGUCACCCUGCCCCCCGAGGGGGUCUUCAGGUUAGUCCCGCGCGCCCUCGGCGGGGCCCCGGCGGGGAGACCCGGCCCGCGGCGGAGCCUGGCGCUGGCGGACGACGCGGCCUUCCGGGAGCGCGCGCGGCUGCUGGCCGCCCUGGAGCGCCGCCACUGGCUCAACUCGUACAUGAAGAAGCUGCUGGUGCUCCCCGGGCCCUGA